GUCACAUGACCCAAACUCACGUGUAAGCACUAAGCAGUAGCAACUGCUGCCGAGGCCUUGGGGAACGUUAUCAAUUAUUAUCGCUGAUAUCAGCUACGAAUUAUUUGAGAAAACUGUGUCCUGUCGAUCAUUGCUUUUUUAUUAUUUACCUACCUAUAGGCCUAUGUAGUAUUUAUUUACAUUAAUUGUAGAAUACUGAAUAAUCUAUUCUAUUCAAAAUUGUGAAUGAAGUUGUAUUUAUAUUUUAGAUAUCUAUACUUAUAUUAUCUAUCUGAUUAUCUAGGAUAUAAUUGUUAAGUUAUGAUAGGCAUUUAGGUUUGCGAUAGAUAUGUGUGAAAAUGUUUUAAUUUUUCAAUAUUUUUUAAGUGUAUAGAUAUAAAGUAUAGUAAGAAAAAGCAAUGAUUUUAGAAGAUAACCAAAAUGUCAUCAAACCAAGGUCGAGCAGCUCGGCCCAAAGUUGUUUAUCAAUGGACUGUACAAGAUGUUCAAAAGUGGUUUCGCCGUCAUUGCUAUGAUUAUUAUGUUUUAUAUGGAGAAAAAUUCUUGCAGCAUGAAAUAAUUGGACGUGCUUUGAUAAGAAUUAAUGAAAAUCAACUGUAUCGUAUGGGCAUUAUAAAUCCAGAUCAUAGUCAAGAAAUUUGUCGUGAAAUACUUAAACUACGACUUAAAACUUAUAUUUUAGAAUUUAGAGAUCUGGAACGAAACAAUCUUUAUGAUUAAAAUCUCAAUAGUUUUACAUUGAAAGCCCAAGAGUUGUGAUACGAGGACUAUUAGGCUUAAUUGAACCUAUUUCGGUUUCCACUUUAUAAAAUGAUAUUGGAUGAAAUGUACUGAUGUCAAUAAGAGUACUAUUUUUAUUGAAUACUCUUAUAACACCUGGAGCUUCACAUCCUGCAAUACAUUAUAAAUAUGAUAUCCUAAAUAUUUUGAUAAGAAUUAUUACCUACUUUAAACCAUUUUAUUAUUAAA